CCGAGAAGUGGGUCCAUGCGCAGGCCAGCGCUGGGGACGUCCGUGUACUGCCUGGGGGUGGGCGCUGCCUCCGGGCCCCGGGGUGGGGGGUGGAUGGUACAGGGUGUGUUUCUGAGGAUCUCUGCCAAGGUCCGCCACUUAAAGCCUGGGACCUGGCAAAGGCGGCGUCCCAGCCCAGAGAAAGUAUUGCUCAUCCCAGAGCCACUUCGGGGCCAGAGUGAAGUAACUGGAAAAGUGGACGCAGGCAGAGAAGGGAGCAGGAUGCCCAGACCGCAGCGGCUGCCCGCUGGGCUCGGGCCACUCCUUUGGCUGGGGCUGCUGCUGCUGGGCCCCGGGCCUGUCCCCAGCGUCGAGGCGAGGAGGUCCAGGGCCUCGAUGCCCUGUCCCGCAACCUGCGAGCCGACGCGCUGCCCGCCACUGCCCACCUGCUCUGCGGGGAUCACUCCCGUGCUCGACCGCUGCCGCUGCUGCCGCGUCUGCGCCGCGGCUGAGGGCGAAGCGUGCGGCGGGCUGUGGGGCCGGCCGUGCGCCCUGGGGCUGCAGUGCCGCGCCGAGCGUGUCGGCGGCGCCUGGCAGGGCACCUGCGGCUGUCCGGCGGUGGGGGCGGCCAUGUGCGGCAGCGACGGGCGCACCUACCCGAGCCUGUGUGCGCUCCGUGCCGAGAACCGCGCCGCGCGCCUCCGGGGCGCACUGCCGGCGGUGCCCGUGCAGAAGGGGAGCUGCGGGGACCCAGGGACCGGAAGCGCAGGCCGGCUCCGGAGCAAGUACAACUUCAUCGCUGCGGUGGUGGAGAAGGUGGCGCCGGCUGUGGUUCACUUGCAGCUGUUCCGCAGGUCACCUCUGAGCAGCAAGGACAUUCCCGCGUCCAGUGGCUCCGGGUUCAUAGUGUCGGAGGACGGACUCAUUGUCACCAACGCUCACGUGCUCACUAACCAGCAGCGCAUCCAGGUGGAGCUCCAGAGUGGGGUCCAGUAUGAAGCCACUGUCAAGGACAUUGACCACAAAUUGGAUCUUGCCCUGAUUAAGAUCGAGCCAAAUACUGACCUUCCUGUACUGCUGCUAGGAAGAUCAUCUGACCUUCGGGCUGGAGAGUUUGUGGUGGCCUUGGGCAGCCCGUUUUCUCUGCAGGACACAGUGACUGCGGGAAUUGUCAGCACGACACAGCGAGGGGGCAAAGAGCUAGGGCUGAAGGAUUCGGACAUGGACUAUAUCCAGACCGAUGCCAUCAUUAACCACGGGAAUUCUGGUGGGCCUCUGGUGAACUUGGACGGGGAUGUGAUCGGCAUAAACACGCUGAAGGUGACCGCAGGCAUCUCCUUUGCAAUCCCCUCAGAUCGCAUCCGACAGUUCUUGGCCGACUACCACGAGCGCCAGUUGAAAGGAAAGUCUCUUUUACAGAAGAAAUACUUGGGUCUGAGGAUGCUGCCCCUCACUAUGAACCUUCUUCAGGAAAUGAAACGGCAAGAUCCAGAUUUCCCUGAUGUGAGUUCUGGGGUUCUAGUAUACGAAGUGAUUCAAGGAACAGCUGCUGAGAGCUCUGGGUUAAGAGACCACGAUGUGAUUGUCAGCAUAAACGGGCAACCUGUUACUACCACCACUGAUGUCAUCGAGGCUGUUAAGGACAAUGAUUCCCUUUCUGUCAUUGUUCAUCGAGGACGUGAAACCUUGUUGCUGAUGGUCACACCUGAAAUAAUCAAUUAAGUUUCUUGCUUUAAAGAGAGCUUAUCUCACAAAACCAAAGUUAUAUUAUCUGGUUUGUAUUGAAGAUGUGCCAAAGAUGGCAAAAGAUUUUAAAAUCUUUUGUAUAAAGAAAAAUGGAUGCUUUCACCACAUACAUGUCCAGAGAUCAUUAGCCUGGGGGUGCGGGUGCUGAGAAGCCUUAUUAAGCCAAGUGGAAGAAGGAUGUGGUGCCAGGAAGUCUGGGGAGCUGAUAAAAUUUUAUUCAAAGAAAAGAAAUAACUAAAAAAAAAAAAAAAGCACAGUUGCUAAUUUAACCUUGACAGAGGGAUACUUCAAUGUUUUUAAUUUUCUCUAUAGGCACAAACUAGAUGCAACACGUGGAUACACAAAUACAUCUAUCUACCAAAUAUUUAAAAAAAAACAUUCACCUGAAUCUGGGUUGCCCAGUUUUAAAUAAUACUCAGACUCAAUCAGUUCUUCAGGUUGGCUGGGGUUUGUGGCUGGCACAGAAUGGGCAUCAUUUAGAAAUCAAAUUGAAAUAGACAAUUAUAGGUUAUCACAGAGGAGUAUUACUGAUGAUUCUCAAAUUGUCACUGUAGCAGUGGAAACAACUUUGGUCUCCAACAGCUUUUCUGACCGUGGGAAAGACUCCUAUCUCAUAGCUUCUAGAAUAAUUUACAGACUUUGAGCUUUUAACCCCAACUUUUCUUCCUGACAACAUUAAUGAUUUAAAGUCUUGGAGCUACCAGUUUAUUUCUCUUAAAACAACUUUUGAUGGCAUUUAUGAAUACCCUUAGGGAGAUUUAAAGAUGCAUGUGGGAUGAGGCAGGACUUUUGACUUAAAGUAGUAUUUUAUUUUGGGAGCGAUUUUAAUUUUAGUUUCUGUUGUUUCUCAGACUACCCUUAAAAAUGUUUUUUUUUUUUUGGGAGGUCUAGUCUCUUCAUGACACACAAUAAGAAAAAGUGCCAUCUUAGGGGAGGGCAUUGUGGUAUAGUGGUUAAAUCACCACUUCUAUGGCCCAAGUCCUUGGGCCCCUGUACCUUCAUGGGAGACCUGGAAGAAGCUCCUGGCUUCGGAUCAGCGCACCUCCGGCUGUAGUGGCCAAUUGGGGAGUGAACCAUCAGAUGGAAGACCUCUCUCUCCCUCUCUCUGCCUCUCCUCUCUCUGUAACUCCGACUUUCAAAUAAAUAAAUAAAUCACCACUGUGAUGCUGGCAUUCCACACAGGAGUGCCAGUUCCAGUGCUAGCUGCUCAGUGUUUGAACCAGCUUCCUGCUAAUGCAUCUGAGAAGAGAGUGGAUGAUGGCUUAACGUGCUUGGGCCCCUGCCACCCAUGUGGGAGACCUGGGUGGUAUUCCUGGCUUCCUUCUGUGGCCUGGUUGAGUCUGGGUUGUUGCAGCCAUUUGAGGAGUGAACCAGUGGAUGAUGGAAGAUUUGUCUCUCUCUCUCUCUCACUCUGCUUCUCAAAUGAAUAAAUAAAUCUUUAACAAAAUACUGCCUCAGGGUAUAGAGAUUAUGAGUCAAGUCUACCAGUAAUUACUGUUUUAAAUAAGAUUAAGACCCAUGUAGGACUGAACUUUCAAGACAGAACAAAAUAAUUUAAUUUUUUAACACAAGUGCCACCUAGAUGGUAGAUGAUAAAGCAGAAACUUUUAGGAAAGCUGCUUACAAAAUGAUAGAACACAUCCAGGGAAAGUACUUCAACUGUGAUUCUCGGUCUUGAAACCAAUUAUGAUGACAGUAAGUUUUGGGUAGUUAUACCUUGGUUGUUUCUAGAACUUGGAAGUUAUUCCAAAUAGCAGGCUCUUUCUGGGCCUUGGCCGCAAAUUCCAUCUCGUAUUUUAACAGUCCUUUUCAACUUAGAUUGCAAAGCAUGGGCAGCAAGUUUUUGAAAACCAAGUAUAAUUUGGAACAUUUCCUUUUAUUCCUAGUGAUUUGGGAGUGCAACAGCUUGACUGUAUCUCUUUGAUUGCUGUAGUUUACUGUGACAACUCUUAACAUCAUGCUUAUUCUGACAGAACAUGUUCAGUUUCUCUUUGCCCCCAUAAAUCACAUCCUAAUUCUACCCUGGUAUUCCUGUCUUUUAAGGAGAAGUGAGUUUACCUUUGCCAGGGCAUGAUGCGUCUCACUUUAUCUUACCCAGCUGUGGAGAAUGGUGUUACAGUUAUUUGUAUGAUGUUAACAGCUUACAAGACAGGUGCCAUAAGCUGGUAAAUAAUUUUUAGAUGGGACAACUUUGCUAGGAGGAAUAGUUCAUCUCACAUAUGCAUGACACUGUUGGCUUUGAAAACGUGGCUGGAAGGAGGAAACUUCUGUAUGCAUGGACUGCCUCUGGAACACAAUGGUGAGAAUGGGGUUAUGGCUUGUUUCAUAUGCCUAGGUACCAGCAAAACAAAUGUAUUUUUUUUUUUGAGUUU